AUGGCGGCGGGGCCCGCGGGGGUCCCGGGGGUUUGCGAGGGCGAGGAGGAGUCGGAGACCCCCGGGACCCCCCCGGGUUCGGUGGCGGAGCUGCCGCGGGUGCGGCGGCAGCGCGGGCGGUUCCUGGUGUGGGCUCCGGGGGCGGUGCGGACGCUGCGGGAGCGGCAGCGCGUGUGGGGGGCGCUGGUCGGGAACCCCCCGCGGCGGGGCCGGGCCGCGAUGGCGGCGGGGCCGCGGCUGCCGCUGCAGCUGAGGCCGGAGGAGGCGCGGGCGCUGCGGGAGAGCGGCGGAGCCACCGUGGAGCCGGUCGAUGAGGAUGAAGAGGAGACCCCGGCAGAGCGCGGCCGCCCCUCCCCCCGCGCCGAGCGCCGUUCCCGCGUGUUCCGCGAGCUGUGGGGGAGGGGCCUGCACCUGACCCCGGGCGGGAAAUUCGGGGGCGACUUCCUGGUGUACCCCGCGCUGCUGCUCUGCUCCGCGCCGCCAGGGGGCGCCCUCGCCUGCACCGCGCUCCAGUGGCGCCGCGACCUCACGUGA